AUAGAGUGCAGUUUUCCUAAAUAAACGAAAUUAGAGUGCAGUUUUCCUUCUACCAAAUUUCGGGCCUCAAAUGAUUGCGAGUCUCAAAGCAAUGGAAAUUACAGUUUACAGAGGAUAACUGCACAAAGAAAUUUGCCUGCCUUGAUUGAAACCUAUGGCAUGUCACUGGGUUAAAUACGGCGGACAUACAGAAAACCCAAAAUCAUCGCUAUAGUUUGCCCUAAAAUUGGUACGGAAAAUUGCUUAGGGUUUUUUUCCUUGUUUCUUCUGCAACUCUCUGACCUUCGAGAAUUUACAGUCAGUGCCUGCGGUUCAAAGACUACGUGAUGACCAGUGACAACGGCUACUGGAGGCACAGAUAGGGAUCUGGGAAAAUGUAUCAAAAGCCAGAAGGGGAAAGAAGAAUAAAGAGCACUGAAGUCGGUCUACUGGUUGGUCUGGCAUAUUUUUAGUGGGAAGGAGAAAAGAAAGAAGUGAUCCGCUCUGAUUGUGUCUUGCCACGAGUUUUCAUGGCGUAAGAGCAAAGGAAGAAGAUCAAUAUUUCCAGAAGAGGAGAAGCUUGUCUUUGUGGUUCAUUAUUUUACAAAAUAUGACAGAUUUUAAAGACGUUGUAGAGACGGUGUUGCUGCCAUUCCAACUUAGCCUUGGAAUAUUUCUGAUCAUGAAGACGACGCCUCUUUGGGCAGUCAUACAUUGCAACCUUGCCUCCUUGCUCAACUUCAUCCAUUUCCCUUACACAGAUUACAAACAGCUUGGGGAAUUCGAAGGUCGAGUCUUCAAAAAAGUCAUCUCUCAUGCCACCACAGCAGGAGAUGUGUCGAAGCUGAAAAAGCAGAAGUAUCCUAACAAACCUAACAGUCUAGGGGAGAUGACUGCAAAAUUUGAGAAUGGUAGGUCAGUCUCAGUGAACUACCUGGGCAAGAAUUUUGUACUGGAGCGAAUGGAAGAAAACAAGAUGCUAGUAAAGUUUGAAGUGAACCGCAAGGGUGGAGACAAGAAGGAGCCUGUAUAUUAUUACAUCACAGAAAAAAUGUGGGAAACUGUGAAGUACAUUGCAAAAGUUGCAAAAGAGACCGUGUUUGUGAAAAACCACAAGGAAAUAUGGGAAGAAGUGGUCACGGGCGAUAUUAUGGAGAUUGAAGAAGUGCUGGAUUCAGUGAUACUGGACAACCGCGCGGUUGUUCGUCUGGACCACGAUUACUUUUUGCCAGUCAACUUAUUAUUGGUGGAGCUUAAGUUGAUGGCGACUUUAAACUUUGUGGGUCUUUUCCUAAAGACUCAAAGGCAUAUUCAUUGGCUCAUUCCUGCAUGUCUAACAUUUACAGCGGUGGUUAUGGGGUUCAGCACAACACUGAGGCUGUCUAUUGUUGGGUAUAUGGGUAAAAUCUUGUCCGGAGCACUACAGUGGGUGUUUGACAUACUUCCUUUGACAAUGAGAAGGCGGGUGUACUAUUGGGGGAACUGGGUGGAUCUUUUGAAGCCUAGUAAUGACUUGCAAUCAAAGAUUGUUAGGGGUAACAUAUCUGUGCUCGUUGCAGGAGGUGCAAAGUUUUACUCUCCAUCUUUGGCUGGGCCUAUAAUCUUUGCUGAACGUUUGGUAGAUGAGAUUUGCCGUAGAGAUGGCCCAUUUCUGUUCAAAUGUGACUCAAAAUCUGAUUCAAGCGGUGACUCAGUUUAUAUUGAAUGGAUCUUCGACAAUGCUGAGAAAUGUUCGUUAAAGGCCGGUCGUGUUGCAUCAAAGGACGUUAGGUUGUCGUUAAAAGAAGAUCAUACUUAUAUCGUAUGUUGUGAUGGAGAUUGUAGCACGAAGGAAGUUAUAAAAAAUUUCAGAUCUGAUUGUUGCGAGGAAAACAAAUCGUUAAUGAAGUAUGAUAAACAUACUGCAUCAGUGGAUAUCGAUUGUGGCACGGAGGAGGAGGCCAUUAAACUAUUCAUAUUUGCUGCUUACAUGGCAGAGCUAAAGUCAGGUUCAUUGAAAUCUUGUGAGCGCAAUUCUAGUACUGUGUAUGUCCGCCGGUUCGUAGAAUCGAUCAACGCCUAUGUCAGAAGCGGCUAUCCACCACUCUACAAAUUGGAGUUGCAGGGUGUAGUUGUCCGCUAAUAUUCCGUCAGAAGAUGCCUAAAUUUCUCUUUUGAUAGCUAAUUGAAAGUGUUAUAUGUAGUUGUUGGUAGGUUUCCUUCAUGCGAUGUUAAAGGGUGUACUUUUCUGUUAUGAGGUUUUCUUUUAGAUGAGACUUGAAAGAAUCGCAUUCUGCUAUUGCUUACCCAGGUCCAAGCAUAUGUAGUCGUUAUUGCAAUAUACAUACCAUGGUAACUUUGUUGUGAGUUUGGCUAAUUAUUUCAGAGGGCAUGAUUCAUGGU